CCCUCUGCCCUGCUGACGCGACCCUCCCUCCCGUCACCUCCAUGCCGCGGUGUGUGCGCGCUUCUCCCUGGUCUUGACAGUGGAGCUCUCCAAGGAUCUCAUAGUUAAGUUGCUUUUACAGAAUUAACAGGUCUCCAAGAAAUAAAAAGAAAAGGUAAGACAACAUCCAGAGUUGAAGGCUUUUCACAGAAGCUUGACAAAUCAGAUAAAGUAAAUUAGUACAUCUUGGUACCCAUGGCUUUUGUUCUUUAUAUCUGACCAGUGAUACACUGGUGGUAGGCAACUAAAUAUAAUGAGCAGAAAUUAUAUACAGACCAUAGAUGGCUUUUCUAAAUAUGUAAAAUUGUGAUUGGUAAAAUACUUUUAUCUCUCAAAUUUCAUUAGGAGACAGACAUGUUUCUAAAUGAGUUUGAAAGUAGUGUGGUCUUGUUGUGAGAUAGCAUUUGGCAGACUUACAAAGGAAGAUUUGAUAGUUUUGAUAUUCCUAUUAUAUAGGGUGGAUGACAUGAAAUGUUUCAAGGUAGUUGGUUUAUUUGUAUGUUUAGAUAGGAGAAAGUAUAUUCUUUAUUUAAGAAUUAGAAAUGACCAAUAUUUUUAUGAACUUGUAUCUUGUCUUCAUUUAUGAAUGCUGAAGGAGGCAGGAACCAGGUAAUUAUUAAGCUUUGUUUGGGCUAAGGUACUUCAAGAGUAAGACUUGCUAUUAUGUGUACCUUUUUGUCUGCAGGUCAUUAUUGCUGUGGUUUGAGCUCAGCAUGGCUGUAGUCAUCCGUUUACUGGGGCUUCCUUUUAUUGCGGGGCCUGUGGAUAUUCGUCACUUCUUCAAGGGAUUGACUAUUCCUGAUGGAGGAGUGCAUAUAAUUGGAGGGGAAGUUGGGGAGGCUUUUAUUAUUUUUGCAACAGACGAAGAUGCAAGACGUGCCAUAAGUCGUUCAGGAGGGUUUAUCAAGGAUUCAUCUGUAGAGCUCUUUCUUAGUAGCAAGGCAGAAAUGCAGAAGACUAUAGAAAUGAAAAGAAGUGAUCGUGUAGGAAGAGGGCGACCAGGAUCUGGGGCAUCAGGGGUUGGAAAACUAUCUAAUUUUAUUGAGACUUUGAAAGAAGAUAAAAGUAAUUCCGGAUAUGGCUCUUCAAUUAAUCAAGAUGCUGGGUUUCAUACUAAUGGUACAGGACAUGAUGAUUUAAGGCCAAGAAAGACAAGGCCAUCAAAGGCUGAGAAUCCUUAUUUGUUUCUACGAGGUUUGCCUUACUUAGUAAAUGAAGAUGACGUACGUGUCUUUUUCUCUGGUUUGUGUGUGGAUGGAGUAAUUUUCUUAAAACAUCAUGAUGGUCGAAAUAAUGGCGAUGCCAUAGUAAAAUUUGCUUCAUGUGUUGAUGCUUCAGGAGGUCUUAAAUGCCAUAGAAGUUUUAUGGGUUCAAGAUUUAUAGAAGUAAUGCAGGGCUCAGAGCACCAGUGGAUUGAAUUUGGUGGUAACACAAUUAAGGGGGGUGAUGCUUCUCUGAGAUCUGAAGAACAUUCUCCUCCAAGAGGAAUUAAUGAUAGACAUUUUCGAAAACUGUCUCAUUCGAAAUCUCCCAGAAGAACACGCUCUCGCUCCCCUCUUGGAUUUUAUGUUCACUUAAAAAAUCUGUCCCUAAGUAUUAACAAGAGAGAUUUAAGAAAUUUCUUUAGAGAUACUGAUCUGACUAAUGAUCAGAUUAGGUUCUUAUAUAAAGAUGAAAAAAGGACACGGUAUGCUUUUGUGAUGUUCAAGACUUUAAAAGACUAUAAUACUGCACUAGGUUUACAUAAGACUGUUUUACAAUAUCGUCCAGUGCUUAUUGAU